GUGGGUUCAUCCUGCUGGACGCCGAGACCUUCGAGGUGAAGGGGAACUGGGAGAGGGGCCCCGAGACCCCCCCCAUGGGCUACGACUUCUGGUACCAACCCCGGCACAACGUCCUCAUCAGCACCGAGUGGGGGGUCCCCAAGUGCCUGGGCUACGGCUUCGACCCCCGCGACCUCAAAAAAGGGCGUUACGGGCGCCGGCUCAACGUGUGGGACUGGAGCUCCCACAGGUACGUCCAGGCCAUCGAUGUGGGGGAGGACUCGGCCCCGCUGGAGAUUCGCUUCCUGCACGACCCCAAUGCUGCCGAGGGGUUCGUGGGCUGCACCCUGAGCAGUGCCAUCCACAGGUUCUACAAGACAGAGGAGGGCCGUUGGGCAGCCGAGAAGGUGAUCCAGGUGCCCCCCAAGAAGGUGGAGGGGUGGCUGCUCCCGGAGAUGCCAGGGUUCAUCACGGACAUCCUGAUCUCCUUGGACGACCGGUUCCUGUUCCUCAGCAACUGGCUCCACGGGGACGUGCGGAUGUACGACGUGUCCAACACCCGCCGGCCACGGCUCGUGGGGCAGGUGUUUUUGGGGGGCAGCAUCACCCGGGGGGGGCCGGUGAAGGUCUGUGAGGAUGAGGAGCUGCAGAGCCAACCCGAGCCCUUCGUCAUCCAGGGGAAGAGGGUCCCUGGGGGGCCGCAGAUGCUGCAGCUGAGCCUGGACGGGCGGCGGCUCUACGUGACCACGUCCCUGUACAGCGCCUGGGACCGACAGUUCUACCCCGACCUCAUCAC